AUGCAAUCCAUUGACUUUUGUACCACUGGCAUGUUCAUCAUUGAUGACAUCCAUCCUGCCCCAUCUGCUCCUGACCAAACUCCAUUUCUGAAUAUACCCGGAGGUGCUGGUACCUAUAGUGCUUUGGGUGCUCGCAUUCUCUCACCAUCACCUCGAUCCAAGCGAGUCGGCUGGCUUGUAGAUGCUGGUCAUGACUUUCCUUCAUCCUUGCGUGAUAUGAUAGCUGCUUGGGAUACUGCCGUCCUGAUAAGACAACGUGACGGCCCCACCACAAAGGGCUGGAAUGGCUACGGUGCCAACGAACAUCGCGCUUUCAAGUAUUUGACACCCAAGCUCCGCAUCACCGCCAAAGACUUGUCGCCCGAACUGCUAUCCGCCAAGUCGUUCCAUUUGAUAUGCGCUCCUGCCCGCUGCGUUGAGUUGGUCGACGGCAUCAAGUCUCGGAGGGCCCAACUCGGUAACUCUCUCCGUGACCCUCUCUUUAUCUGGGAACCCGUACCAGAUCUCUGUGUACCAGCCGAAUUGGACAAUACCAUCAGGGCGCUCCAACAUGUCGAUGUCAUCAGUCCCAAUCACGCAGAAUUGUCAGAUUUGUUCUCGGUCGUUGCAACCACCAAAGCCGGCCACGUAGACCGUCAAGUCAUCGAGUCUUGCAGCUCCAAGCUGCUCUCCAGCGUGUCCUCGGAACGAGCAUCCAGGAUAUCAGUGGUUGUUCGAUCGGGCAAAGACGGAUGCUACGUUGCUUCAUCGUCUCAGAAAGCGUGGCUUCCAGCAUUCCAUGCAGCGACACCGGAAAAAGUCAUCGAUCCGACAGGGGGAGGCAAUGGUUUCCUCGGAGGGUUAGCGAUUGGGCUGGUCAGAACAGGUGAUGCUGUCGAGGCAUCCAAGUGGGGUAAUGUAGCAGCCAGCUUCAUGAUUGAACAAGUAGGUGUGCCGAUAUUGCAAACAAAAGAGGGCAAAGAAGUAUGGAACGGAGUGGUGGUGGAAGAGAGAAUGAAGGAAUAUUCUAUGCAAUGCAUAUGA